CACACACGUACACAUUUAUGUUCGUGUGUAUUGGAUUAUCAGACGAGUUCGCUUGCGUUCAUUCGAAGUCUCUGUACAGCAGAUUUCAUCUGAAAUUCUUUCGACAAUCUCGAAGCUUCUAGAGAUUUCGUUGUUGUUUUUGGGUUUCGUUGAAAUUCGCAGGUGGAAUUGUUUUGUGAUCGGAUCGGUAGUGGUGAAGAAGAAAUCAUGGCUCAGGCGGUAGAAGAAUGGUAUAAACAGAUGCCGAUAAUCACCCGCUCAUAUCUCACGGCGGCUGUCGUCACCACCGUCGGUUGCUCGCUCGAGAUCAUAUCUCCAUAUAACCUCUACUUGAAUCCUACACUCGUAGUGAAGCAAUACCAAUUUUGGCGCCUCGUUACAAAUUUCUUGUAUUUCCGGAAGAUGGAUUUGGACUUCAUGUUCCAUAUGUUCUUCCUCGCUCGAUACUGCAAACUCCUUGAAGAGAACUCCUUCAGGGGAAGGACUGCAGAUUUCUUCUACAUGCUCUUGUUUGGGGCAACCGUUCUAACUGGUAUUGUCCUCGUCGGUGGAAUGAUACCGUACUUGUCAGCUUCCUUUGCUAAAAUCAUCUUCCUCAGCAAUUCCUUGACCUUCAUGAUGGUCUAUGUGUGGAGCAAACAAAAUCCUUAUAUCCACAUGAGUUUCCUCGGGUUGUUCACUUUUACGGCAGCCUACCUACCAUGGGUGCUUCUUGGAUUCUCUAUCCUUGUGGGCGCCAGUGCAUGGGUGGAUCUUCUGGGGAUGAUAGCUGGUCACGCGUACUACUUCCUAGCAGAGGUGUACCCGAGAAUGACGGGUCGUCAUCCAUUGCGGACUCCAUCAUUCAUCAAAGCCCUAUUCGCGGAUGAUCCAGUCGUGGUGGCUCGGCCUGAAAAUGUGAGGUUUGCUCCCGCACCUGCAGAGGAAAUCCACCAAGACUGAUUCUGUUUGCCCUCAGACUCGGACGUAUAACCAUUAUAUUUGGCCGAGUCAAGGCCACUGACUCGGAAAGCAGUUUGGGGUUUGUCUUCAGGUAGAUGAUGAUGACGCGGUCCAUUUUGUAUUUGAUUCCUACAUUCUGUAGUCGUGACCUUCAUGCCUUCCUUUCCGGCGUUACUCACAUAUUGGGUUGAUGUUAAUAUUUUUUUUUUUUAUGAAAUUUGGUGUAUUAAACAAAAAUGGUAGUACAUGGUACAGGAUUCUAGAUCCACAUUACAAAGCUUCCGCUAACCAAUCCUUACAAGGAAAUAAGCUUUACAGCAACAAAUA